AAGCACGGGGUUUCCAGAACCUUUAAAAUUCAUUCUCCGCCAUUCCCAACGUCAUAAAACCCUGACGGGAUAGUUCUCAGGUAAAAGAACAGCUCGCUUCCUCAUAGAAUAUAUGGCUGACCAAGGUACGCACUGAACCAUCGUCAGGGGAUGAGGCCAUACAGAGCAUGUUGAGGCUAACUGCAAGCUAGGAUCGAGUUAUUCUGUUCUUCAUAAUGUGCCUGUCAUGGUGUCUCCGCACUACAAACUUCCAAAGCAGAUCUUUGUAGCGUCGGAAUUAGCGCCUAUAUCUGAUGAAGUGUUCACACUUGCCGGUUACAGUUUCCAGGUGGAACGAGAAACUAUUGCGGAUGUUGCAUCGGCACGACAAUUGCAAUUGCAGGCGGAAGAAGCAUUUGCCAAACGCAAAAAAGCAUACGAAGAAGAGAAACUGAAGAAGCAAAAGGUCGCUGCUCGCAAGAUCGCUCCCGGCUUCCUCGACACAGAUACCCGCAUUUUGACGCCACAACAACUGUACCAUUCGCAAACUGAUAAGAACGAGGAGUCAGAAAACACAGGCACACGGACCGAAUCGGUCCCUGUCAGUCCCCAGCUUUCCCACUCACAGCAACCGUCACCCGCGUCCACCGAAAAACCAAGCCCUUCCACAAACAACGAAAUCAAUAGCAAGCAACCCCUAGAUAAUCCUUCCACAUCUCAGGCAUCGGCGGCCGCAGCUACAGCUUUUGAUUAUCUCAGGUUUGAGCAGGGAUUGGCUCCUCCUGAUCCGUGGGAUACACCGGAAAACGAUCUUUUAGCGUUAAAGUCGAUUCUGGGUAAUGCAGCGAACAAAACGAACAAUCGACCUGUAUCAGCGUCCCCGGAUCAGUACAACUACAAUAAAUCCGCCACCGAUCAGUUUACAAAGUCACACGGUAUGUUUCCUUCCACACCACGACGACCGCAUUCCACGCAACAAACUUCAACGCCCGAUACAGGCUACUGGGCGUUUAAGAAUAAUCCUCCUCCUCACGGUUCGAAACACAAUUAUAACCCACAACCCAUGCCAGGAAUUGGACGUCAUUCAUCAGCUCCUGUAGCCCCGGCAUUGCCGCCCAAGUUGUUCAAGGAUGGCGGCUCUCCUUCUUCCAGUUCGCCUCAUCCUAGUAUGUCGGUGCCACCUCUGCCCUCUCAACCCACCUCUUCACCUCUUCCCACUUCCUUACCUGACUAUCGUACCACAAGCGGAUCAGCUUCGCCUGUGAUUCCGCCUCCUUUGCCUCCUCUACCGCCGACGCGGUCACCAAAAGAAUCACUGGUACAGGAACUGAUUAACAUGGGUUUCUCUCGGGUUCAGGCAGUGGAAGCGUUGGAGAAGAAUGAUAAUGAUCUCAUCAAAGCAACCAACUUUUUAUUAGACCAUGAAGUUGCGUAACCAUAGAAAAAAGAUCUUAUUUUUGU